AAAAAAAAUAUAAUGCUACCAACUGUUAAUACGAUUCCAGCAGCUUUGCAUGAGCCAUUGAUGGAAAACACGUAUACUACUGUACAAGCAAGGUAUUGUGAAGGAGGACACAAAUGCAUCCCACCCAAGGAAUGUUGUACCCAAGGUUGCUGUUAUCAACUCUCGCCUAUUGUUCAGCGGCCAACACCACCAACAACAGAUCAUGUUUUAAAUUUAUUUUUCAUUAAUCAUUGGUAUUUUUGGUGCUUCGUCCUAGCGAUUGUUUUAGCACUGCUAUGCUUGUGUUCACUAUGGAAAAAACGGCGUCAAUUAUGCGGAUGGGGAAACUCUCGGCCAAACUAUCAAUCAGAGGGCGACUCGACAGGUUCCUGCUAUGCACCACCACAAUACAGUCGAUGUAAUUCAUUUCACCACGCUCCUCCGCCACCAUAUAUGGAGGUAACGUCGAAACCAGACUUAUAUCCACUUGUAUUCAGCUAUACUGGUGGGGAUAAAGGAGGAACCAACUACCUAAUGGUGCAGUAUUUCCGGAACUACAUUGUACGUCCUGUGGGCUCUUUAUCAGCAGCUUCUACCGUUGAUAGUCUCAGUUCUAGUUUUAUACGUAGCGUAAAUGAAGCAAACACUCUAGUGCCUCCACCGUAUAGUAGAGCCACGAGUCCGGACCUAUCAUUUUCUUUGCACAAUUAUGCCAUGCAGCGCUCAACAUCCCAACAAGCGUGCUCUAUGAUACUGAAUGAUAACGGCCAAGUAGGAAACAGCACUGUUAUUUAUCGACCGUGCUCAGUGCCUGACUCGCAACUACAAUCUGCUGUACGACUUACUUCUACUGUACCGGGACAAAUCUCUGAGUCAGAUAGUAUGGAUUUCAAUAAUUGCCCAAUCAGUAUUUAUUCAAACAAUUCUAACUCUGUACAUAAUACUUUAAGUCAAAAUGAUGUUGAUGGAAACGGUGAUGAGAUGGACGAAGGAAUUGUAAAUAACCUGGCUGGUGAUACUUUAGAUAUUGUAGUCAAUAGUGGGCAUAGUACAAGUAUUUGUAAUAAUAAUCAAAGAGAUGACAGCCUAAACAACGGAUCAAUGGCCAACAUAGAUUGCAUUGAAGAGGACGAAAUUCUCGAUGAGAAUGGAUCUGAAGAUUACGAGUUGUUGUUGCAGCACAAUCUCAAUCACUACCGUAAUAUUAUGAAAGUACAACAUAUUCAAAAGGAUCAACAAUUACUUAGUUUCGAAAGCAAAGAGAGUCAAAUUAAUGAUUAUCCUAAAGUUCAUCGUAAUUAUUCAAAUACGGAUUCCUCUGUUUCAAGUCUGGCAAAUUUAGGUAGUCCCGCAUCGCCUCCCAGGCCAACUAGUCCAACUUUUGAAGUCCGUGAAAUUUUAGAGCAAAUCCGACAAAUACAAUCGGAAGCUGAUAACGCAUUUUUUGAUACUUUGACUGAAGGAGAGAUGGCAUUAUCUUUUGCUGCUCCUGGCAAUAAAUUACCAAUUAACAACACAUCUAGCAGUACAUUUACACUGAGUAAUAUAAGACUACAAAAUAGCACGAUAACGCCUAAUACUAGUAAUUGUAGCACAAAACGAAAAAUGUACCAUGUUCAAAAUCAAAACUCGACGACAAAAACGAAACGUGAUUUAUAUUUGCCAAUUUCCAAAAAUUCACACCAAAGUUGCAUAGUUGAUACUUACAGUAGUAGUAGUAGAAGUAGCAAUAACCAUUAUCAACCACAAAAUAAUUUUAAUCAAAAUACUAGCAAAAAGCUACUGCGCAACUCCAUGACAUCGAAUUGUAUUUUAAGUCGUGGUAGAUUAGGUACUAGAGGAUGGAUUAGUAAGUCGGCACCCACAACGCCAGCUGGUGCCUGUACUCUACCUAUUCCAUUUGGCGGUAUUAAUGACAGUAGUCCGUUAUUGGACGAACAAGAUGAAGAGGAAGAGCACGAUGACGAUGGGGAACAAAAUUUUUAAAAAGAAUCAAAACAUCCAUUUUACAACAAAAACAUUUUUAAUACAACAAAAGGUUCUGCUAAAAAAUCAUAUGUUUUAUUUAAAACAACUCUAACUAGGUAUAAACUUUUUAAUGCCCCUCCCGAAAAUCUUAUGAUACUUUCGAGCUCUUUUGAAAUACUAUUUAAUAAUAUUACCUAGAAUAACAAUAGUAAAUGCACCAAAUAUACUAAAUAAAUUAUAUUCUUUGAAGUAGCUAGUAUAAAGUUAUAAAAAUGGUGCAAGUCCAUAUAAUGUAAAAUACAUAUUCAUAAUUAAUGCAAAUAACAAUAUUUACUUUCAUAAAUAGAUACAAUGACGAAAUACAUUUUUAUUGUCCUUAUUUCCUUACU